AUGCGACUCUCCUCGACUGGGCUGCUAGCAAUUACAGCUCUUGUUGCAUCUAGCGGCAUUGCCUCGAUGUCUACUAUCGCCAACAUGGCGGUGCCUGACAAACUGUAUAAUCUGUCUAGUACAAUUUCCACCAGGUCGUUGAGAGAUUCUGAGCCAAAAGGCGGAAGAAACGAGGACCGAAUGAAUGCCGGUAUCGAAAAACUCUGGGGCCUGAUCAAAGCGGGGACAUCCAAGAUCAAGGAGUACGGGCAGUUCGGGACACUAGAGUGGUUUAGCAGAAAGCUACGAACGUGUGACGCCCGGUUUUUUUUGUGA